AUGUGGUCUCAAACAUUAAUGAAAGUCUUAGUUGAACUACCACAAACAAAUCAAUCAAAACAAGAAUUCAUUGAAGAAUGUCGCCGACAAUAUAAACAUAACAAUUCUCAACAAAGACAAAUCACCGAAUUCGAAAAAACUUAUUCUUCUUCAGGUGCUAUUUCAUGGUAUACACGUAAUGGUUUUCUAUAUCGUAUUAUCAACAAGGCACUACGUACACAAAACAUAAUUCAUAUAUUUAAAUGUCGAUUUUUCAUUAUCAGUAUCUUUCAAGAAUUAGCAAAAUCUUACUCAGAGUUCAUCGAAACAUUAGAAAAUGAAAUAUUCACAGUUUAUAGAGGACAACUAAUGAUCACUGAUGAGUUCUCGAAAUUGCAAGCAAAUGUUAACGGAUAUAUUUCAUUUAAUACAUUCGUUUCAACAAGUAUUUCAUCAGAAGUAGUAUUUCCUUUUACCGGUCUCGGAGAGAGUCGUCCACUUCUCGAAUCUAUCCUUUUCGAGAUCGAAAUCGACUUAGACAAGAAUUCGACACCAUUUGCUAAAAUUUCUCAAAAUAAUCAAUUCAAAUCAGAAAAUGAGGUUCUCAUUUGUAUGGGAGCCGUCUUUCGUAUUGAAUUUAUCGAUAAAGUUAAUGAAGAUAUAUGGCAUGUGAAAUUAAUUUCUGUUGAUCAUAACGAUUAUGCAAAGUUAGACGAUUUGGAAAAUUAUUUAAAAACAGAAACUAAUACAACUUUUACCUGCUUAGGUUUAGGAAGAAUUCUACAAAAGAUGGGAGAAUAUGACCAAGCCCAAGCUCUUUAUGAAAUAUUAUUAGCUGAACUUCCAGCAAAUCACUCGGAUGUAUUUGCAAUUUACAAUGAUCUAGGAAUGGCUCUUUUCAAAAUACAGAAAAAUCCGCAGAUUACACUAAACUAUCUAUUACAAUCUUUGACAUUAUCAAUGAAAACAUUUCCAAAAUACUUUUUAAUGUUUACUCAAACUAUGAUUAAUAUUUGCUCGGUCUAUAGCGCAUCUCGAAACUCAAAUCGAGCAUUAAGUUUAUUGCAUCUUACUCUUAGAAUAUUGGGCUUUAUUCGUUCAAACAAUGCCUUUCAAAUAAUGUCGUUGCAAAAAUCCGAGACACAUAAUAAUAUUGAUUGUAUUUAUCUAAAACGUGGACGAUUAUCUUUAGCUUUAAAAUAUCUUAAAAUAUCAUUGAGAAUUCAAAAAAAAUAUUUACCUUCUAAUCAUCCUGAUAUCGCAUUAACAUUGAAUAAUAUUGGCAUGGCGUAUGUGCAACAAUUCGAUCAUGAAAAGGCCUAUAAAUACUUUCAAGAUAGAGCGAAGAUUGUAGAAGAAAGUUUACCAUUUGAACAUCAUGACGAUGUUGCACAACUAUAUAAUAACAUGGGACUCCUUGAAUAUAAUCGAAAUAAUUUUGAUAAAGCACUAAUAUGUUACGAAAAAGCGCGUGUCAUUCAACUAAAAUGUUUAUCUCCUUUCCAUUGAAAAAUAGGUAUUCUUUACAAUAAUAUAGGGCUUGUCUACUUUGAACAAGCUCAGUAUGAUAUGGCACUAAACAUGUUUCAAGAAUCUUUGAAUAUCUUACAACAAUCUUUAUUACCGGACCAUCCGGAGAUAUGUCAUGCUCAUAUAAAUAUUGGCAAAACUUAUCGCCUUUUAAACGAUUAUUUAAAUGCGCUAUUUCAUUGUACAAAAGCUCUAGAAAUCGGUAACAAGUACUUACCAUCAACUCAUUUCUACAUAGCACAAACUCAUCAAGCUCUUGGAAGCAUUUAUUAUGAUCAUGAAAAUUAUUCUGCUGCACUGGAAAGUUUUCAAAAAUCUCUUAAAGUCUACUUGAGAAAUCCAC